UUGAUCUGCAGAUCUCGAUCGCAAGUCGAAUUCAGUCAAUUCGAUUCAGUUUUGCGCGACGGGACUCCGCGGGCGCGUCGAAAUUUACAAAGAAAAAUAAAAGAAUUUUUUUGUUUGCCUCGGAGUGGACUUCCGGGGAGUUUUGGGAGUGUUUCCGGGUGCAGAAAGUGCUCGAAUUGGUCGCGCGGGGGACCUGCGGAACGGGAAGCGACGCGAUCGGAAUUCGAGAAACUGCUAUUUUUUGUUUCACAAGACGCAAAACAAGUUCAGAGAACCCAGCAAUUACGCUUUUUGCGUUCAAUUGCCUUCCACUCUGGCCAGAUUGGCGCUGUCAACUCCAGGCAGGAGGGAUCGGUCGUUGUGGUCCUUGAGAGUGCGGGCUGUUUUUUUUUCUUCUUGUUUCUCUCGAGACCUUGGAAGUGUGUGAGAAACGCAUGAAUUUCUCUUGAAAUUCGUAUUUGAGAGUGAAUUCUUUUCAUUGUUUGUGUUCCUCCGCUCUUUGCUUGUGCUGCUGACUGGAAGAAGAUCGGAAGUAGUGAGUGGUUGUGGGGAUUUAACCUGCCAAAAACUCGUUUUCGGUUUGGUGUCUCUUUCUCCUUCAUCUUGACCGAUUGUGCCACUUUCCGGACACUUUUCUCUGUGGCUUCCAUGCGAUGAGUUUGUGACCUCAAUCGUCAUCACUCAAGAGAUCUCUUCUACUGUGUGUGGGCACCAUUGCCGAGAUGUCCCCGUAGUGUGGAUAUCACGAGGAAGUUCAAGAAGUGAAAAAAGUGCGCGCGCAAUAAGCAAAACCCGUUCUGACCAUUGAGAAUUCAUCCCAUUGAAAUCACCUGACCGGCAGACAAUUAGCAAGUGCACACACAGGUACCUGUUUCCAUCAUUCAGCUCGUUUUGGUGGUUCUCAUCAGAAAGAGAACGCAGACGUGUGGUGUGUUUGAGUGAAAAAAAAAGAGAGAGCAAAACCUAAAAGAUUGAAUACCUGGACCCAAUUUCCUCCACGUCAUGUCCAACAGUAGCAGUCAGAAUCACAAGAUAGCAGGAAAUGUGUUAACUCUGGCCACGACGAAGCAGUCGCAGCAGCAGAUUCAGCAGCCCAAGAAGAAUCCACAACAGUCUCAACUCCAGAAUCAUCCACCACGCUACCAACCACCACCACUACCACCAGGAGGUAUCCUCAAGCACAUUGCUGCUCCUGGAACACUUUCAACACACCUCAAACGCCAGACAGCCGCCUACUAUCAUCACCCAGAGCAUCCUCCGAAUCUCAAGUAUCCCCCAGAAGUGCCCAAACUCUCGGGAGUGUACCUACCGGAUAAAAACCCUUCGCGCAUCGUCCCACCACGCGUGCAGCUUCGUCUCUCUCAGGGUGGUACUGCAGCUGGUGGUGCACAGGCGGUACCAGUUUCUGCGGGGCAGCAUCAGAGGAUUGUGGCAGGUCCACCGCCACCACCACCACCGCCAUCAGUUGCCCCAGUCGAAGAGGAGCCACCCUUUGCGGCGAGACUCUCUGGCGUUCAGCCCACGCAGGAAAUGCUGAAAUUCGUGCGGAAGCCAGACAGCGAGCAACCGUCGCCCACGUCUUCGAGCGGCGGAAGAAUCUCAUCUGCUGAACAUAAUCGACAUUUGCAGAGUCUCAUCGCUGAAUUGAGGGCCCUGAAGGAGGUGAAUCAGCGGUUGAGUGAUGAUAAUCAAGAGCUAAGAGAUUUAUGUUGCUUCCUCGACGAUGAUCGUCAGAAGAGUCGCAAAUUGUCACGCGAAUGGCAUCGCUUUGGGCGCUACACGGCUAGUGUUAUGCGACAGGAGGUCUCAGCUUAUCAGAACAAAUUGAGGCAACUGGACGAUAAGCAGCAAGAAUUAAUUCGAGAUAAUCUUGAGCUGAAGGAUUUGUGCCUGUAUCUGGAUGAGGAGCGUGCCAAUGCAGCCGCCAUGGCGCGUGUUUGUUCCAAUUGUGGUGCCACGAUGGAGCCGGUGGUGCGCGACGAUGGGGAUGGUAGCAGUUCCAGCACAAAUGCAGAUGAACCAAUGCAGACUCUGCGGAAUUUCGAGAGGAGCAUUCCCGAAUUAAACAUCCGACCGACAAUCACUGAUCAAACACUGCAGUACGUGCGUUCGCUCGAGCGACGGAUCCGGCAGCUUGAGGAGGAGAACACCACCCGGACAACACCCACCCCACAGGCACCAGCCCAGAAUGCCGCCACGGGUGCUGCUGAUCCCAUUUCGGGGCGUCCCGAGGCUGUCGUGCGGGCCCUCCAGGUGCUCGAGGUGCGCGAGCAACUCGAGAGGGAUCCCCGGCAUCGAGGUCACAUUGCACUGGGUGACUCCACAUCCCCGUCCGGAGACGACGCCGAGAAGGUCCUCAUGCGCGAAAUGUGCAACGUAAUGUGGCGCAAUGGGGGCAAAAUGGACGACACAUCGUCUAAUGAACCAGAAAUGGAUUGCUGAUUUACACUGAGAUUUUAUAAGGGGGGUCAAUUGAAAUGUUUUUUUUUCUCUUUUGCAAUAUUUACUUUUAUAGCAUCCUCUCAAAGUCAGAGAGUCAGCUUCUAAAUUGCUGUAAAAUCCUUAACUUUUGAAAGUUUUUACUUUUGUUCGCUGUUUUAGUUAUUUUAUAGCUUUUUCGUGUCAAGUGAAAUUUUAUAGCAAGUUCCAGAACUAAGAUCACAAAAGCUAUAUUUUAAGACUAUUCAUUUUAUUGCAAGAACAGUAUUUUAUAUCACUUAGGUUUAUUUUUUAUAGGAACUUUGUGACCGUCUGUAAUUAUGGUACUUGCCAGUGACUCAGAAAUAUUAUCCUUGAUAGAAACUGACUUAUUUGAUUAACACGGAUUUAUCGUUUUAAUAUUGGACCCAUUUUUUGUAGAACAUGCCAUAAAGGGAUAUUUUAUAAUAAAGUAUAGCUUACAUAGGUUUUUAUAGAAGAUGAGAAUACUCUUCGUCAAUUUUAUGACGAUUAAAAAUUGAUUUUUAUUUAAUAUAGGAUUAAAUAUUAGAUCCAAUUUUAUGGUACUUGCUAUAAAAAUCAAUGUAUUAGUAAUGGUGGCUUCGAUUUAUAAUUCCAAGAAGCUCCAAGGAUAAUUCUAUAAAGUCUAUUAAUACUUAUACAUCGAAUCUCAAGGGUCAGUUUUUUAUAGCAUCUAUAAGUUUUAUAGAAUCUUGCUUAAUUUAUAGGAAACUUAACAAUGCUAUUUAUCUAGAAUGAGGUGUAUUUACUUGUUCUUUUCAUAUCAAAUACAAACCUUUAAACUUUUUUAUAGGAAGUGUGAAGCUGUAUUUAUAGCAAGCUAUGUAUUGUUGUAUUUGGGUUCCAUUAAUCUUAUUUAUGAGCAAUGAUUAAAGGAAAAAGUAUUUAAAUGCAUAAUUACUAAUGUCCUAUAAAAUCCAUUUUUAUAGCACGUCUUCUAAUGUUGAUAAAAAAUCCAGAUUUUGUUUUAAUAUUAUGAAAAAUAUGCUUAUUUUGUCAAAAAAAUAUUCAAAAUAUUGCCAUAAUUAAAAAAAAAAAAACAUUUUCAAUUGGCUCUCCUUAUAAAAUCUCACUGUUUCUGUACAAAAGUGCCCGCCAGAAUCUCUCCAAUAAAAUAAAAAACUCUGUCA